UUGAUACAAAAAUUGGCUGAGCUAAUUUGUUUACCUGAAACACGUGCGUUGUCAUUCUUAGGCCGCUCAGUGCUGGACUGGUACCAAGGACUUUAUCAACUUCACACGUGGAAGUACCGGGACGUGGCUAAGCUUUGUGAAUACUGAUUGUCACAAUGGUUCAGAGCGAAUUUCGACACAUAUACAUCUUAAUGUAUGUGCUUGUUCUCUUUGUUGCGAAAGGUCGUUGUAAUUGGUCAUUGUGGUGGACAUAUGACGGUAUAUCAGGACCGGGUUUCUGGGGAACGAUGAACAAAUUAGAAUGGAGCAUUUGUCACAGAGGAAAGAACCAAUCACCGGUCAACAUAGUUCCGGAAGGUUUACUGUUUGACCCUGGACUAAAACACAUACAGAUAUCGGGCAACAAGGUGUCGUCGACAAUGAACAAUCUGGGUAACGCAUUGGUACUGUACGUCAAUUCGAGUCAGGGCGAUGAUGUCCUGUUCUCUAUCGGUCCUCUCUCCUAUACCUAUCGUCUUCACCAGAUCCGGGUACACUUCGGCAAGGACGACUCACGGGGGUCAGAACACACCAUUGACGGGAAACCAUUCGCAGCAGAGAUACAAUUCCUUGCCUAUAAUACAGAUUUAUAUCACAACUUUUCACAAGCCGUGGUGUCCCCACGGGGUAUAGCCGCCAUUGCUGUAUUUGUACAGACGAAAGGAAAUUUAAGUCAUCAAGAAUUAGAAAAAAUAAUUGAAAAUAUAGAAGACGUGCGGUUUAAAGAAACGGUAACGCCUUUAAAAAAUUUGUAUAUACAAAAGUUGAUACCAAGAAGUCUUCAUUACGUCACAUAUGAUGGUUCUAUAACACAUCCAGGAUGUCACGAAACGGUCACGUGGAUGAUUAUGAACAAGCCUAUAUACGCAGGAUCACAGCAGAUUGAAGCUUUCCGGAAGCUGCGUCAGAGUGGUCCUGAAAAUCCGAUGGCAUUCUUUCGAGACAACUUCCGGCCAACUAUGCCUGUCAACAGGAGGUCCAUAAGAACAAAUAUAAAUUUUGCAAAAGGGUGCUCUAUGGAAAGAAAUAUGCAUUACCAAGUCACCUUUCCCAAGUAUUGGAGCGUGACGGGAAACCUGGACACGGAUCUGUGGACUGACGUCACCACCCUCAAGUAGGACCCGCGAUGACGUCACAGAGGACGAGUACAACAGGACAACCUUGAGGUAACAGGUCGAUAACCAUGACGACAGCUACGGACGUCUCCAGGUCGCCAUUUUGAAUUAUUGUGACCGUAUAUGGAUUAGUUCUCGUAAAUCACUGUGUGAUUGGAUAGCUUAGAUCAACUUCGAGAUGCUUGGUGAAGAAAGCGUCCAUGUUUAGAUCUUUCAAAGAUCUCGAUGGCUGGAGCCUUGAACAGGAUUCCAGUAAAGCGAGCCGAAAUUAUAUGUCCUUGAAAGUGUGCUUCUAUCGUGUUUACAGGUAUUUCUUGGUACCUGCUUCAAACAUAUUCGCUAUAGGUAAAGGCGUCAAGAUGAAAUGAUGACCCCAAUCUUGAUAGGAGCAAACCUUUAAAGAAAUGCCAAACCAUUUCAAAAUAUUUGACUGUGCUUGACGUGAAGAAUUAACUAGUGAUUAAUAUCAAACGAUUGUAAUAAUCGAUUAAGGACAAUUCUUCAAUCCAUCUGCGUCAAAACAGACCGUGAUAAGGAUUUGGUCGCCAAUAAUAAAGUUACAUGUGUAUUGAAUAACAGUGUGAAACACGUAAUGUUCAAGUGGAUGAAUUUCAUACAACACAUAUGCCAUUGCUUUUAUCGUCUGGUUUUAUACAUAGUGAUAUUGUCAUUCAUCUCAGUGCAAUCGCCUUCAUUACAACUUCACUUAAAACAUUUCUCGUGAAAACCGACAAGAUUGUGCUUCUUUUUUAUCCUGUUUGGAUCAACUUGAAAUGUUGUGGUGUUUCUCGCGUAAGAAAUGCUGACAACAAAGGAUACAUUUCACUGGUUUAAAGCAGACAGAUGACGAACGAAGAAAAUAUUGACGUGUCGCCUUCAUCACAUCGAUAGAACGCAGCAAUUCUCUAAUAACAAUAAGUUCUGCAAGCCAUGAAUACCUACGUCAUCAAUCAUACAAGGACAAACACAAGCCGAAUGACGUCUUGGAGGAAUUCUAUUGAAUGUAUAGAUGACAGUUUGUUUAUAGAAUCUUUGUCUGCAUAGUACAUCCACAUUUUUGUUUUUGUACUUCAACAUUCGUGAUCAGAGACACAUAUAUCUUGUAUUGUUGGUCUCUGACGUGACCAAUAACGGUGCUUUAUAAAUGUUGCACAACUUGUAUUCAGAAGGAUGUUUUGAUCGCUAGAGCCGAUGUCUUCCUAUGCCAACCAGUACACAAAUAUUUGCAGUUUUUCCUUUGUUUU